AUGCUGCCUCCCGGACUCGUGCCCAUCGGCACCGACGACGACGACGACGCCAGCAAAGCCCCCCGUUCGCACGCGCACACGCACAGGCACACGCACGCGCGCGCGGCAGCCGGCGGCGGCGGAGUCGUGGCCUCGGACGACGCCCUCGCCAGGACGGCGUCGCCCCCCCCCUUCGACGACGACGACGACCACGGCGGCGACCUGCUGACCGCCGGCGAGGGCCGCCUCCUCAAGCGCGGCCUGGCGGAGCGCCACCUGUCCAUGCUGGGCAUCGCGGGCGCCAUCGGCACCGGGCUCUUCCUCGGGCUCGGCGCCGCCGUCGCCACCGCCGGCCCUCUCGGCGCCCUGCUGGGCUACGCCACCAUCGGCCUGGUCGUCUGCGCCGUGCAGUUCGCCCUCGGCGAGGUGGCCGCCCUGCUCCCCGUCACGGGCGCCUUUGUCCGCCACGCCGAGUUCCUCGUCGACCCCGCCUGGGGCUUCGCCAUCGGCUGGAACCUCGUCUACGGCAACAUCCUGUCCAUCCCCUCCGAGAUCACGGCCAUCUGCGUCCUGUUCGAGCUGUGGACCGACGUCAACCCGUCCGUCUGGAUCGUCACCUUCAUCGUCCUCACCUUUGCCGUCGGCAUCUCCCUCGUCCGCGUCUUUGGCGAGGUCGAGUUCUUCUUCGCCGUCCUCAAGAUCCUCCUCGUCGUCUUCCUCAUCGUCCUCGGCCUCGUCAUCGACCUCGGCGGCGUCCCCGGCACGCCCCCCGUCUACUUUCGCCACUGGCGCGACCCGGGCCCCUUUGUCGAGUACAUCGCCGCCGGCGGCUGGGGCCGCUUCCUCGGCUACUGGAGCGUCAUGACCGGCGCCGUCUUCUCCUUCGCCGGCGUCGAGUCCAUCGCCAUGGCCGGCGCCGAGACCAGGAACCCCCGCAAGGCCAUCCCCGCCGCCUGCAAGAACGUCUUCAUCCGCAUCAUCCUCUUCUACAUGCUGGCCAUUGUCAUUGUCGGCAUGCUCGUGCGCAGCGACGACGAGCGCCUGCAGGGCGGCGGCGGCACCACCACCCAGAGCCCCUUUGUCAUUGCCGCCUCGGCCGCCGGCCUGCCCGCCGUCCCGUCCAUCGUCAACGCCGUCGUCAUCACCUCUGCCUGGUCCUCCUCCAACCAGAGCCUGCUGGCCGGCACCCGCGUGCUGUACGGCCUGGCCGUCAAGAGGCAGGCGCCCAGCAUCUUCCUGAGGACCACGUCCUGGGGCGUGCCCUACGUCUGCGUCCUGCUCUUCAUCGCCUUUAGCUUCCUCAGCUUCAUGACCCUGUCCAGCAGCGCCAUCACCGUGUUUUGGUGGCUGGUCAGACUGACCUCGGCCGGCGUGCUGGUCUCCUGGAUCUCCAUCCUCGUCAACCACAUCCGCUUGCGUCUGGCAAUGGAAGCGCAAGCCAUCCCCAGGUGUCGGCUGCCAUGGUCGAAUUCGUGGACCCUAUACUCUUCCUACCUUGCGCUGGGCACGUGCAUCGUCAUUCUGCUCACGAGCGGAUUCGCCGUCUUUACCAAAGGUCGUUGGGAUUCCAGCACCUUUGUGUCUGCCUAUCUUGACAUUCCUCUUGUCUUGACCGCGUACAUGACCUGGAAGUGCGUCAAAAAGACAAAGGUUGUUGCCCUGGCAGACAUUCCUCUGCACAAGGCUUUCGAACGGGCCGAGCAAAAAUACGAGUCGCUUGAAUCAUAG